AUGACCGGGCUGCUGAAGAGGAAAUUUGACCAGCUGGAUGAAGACUCCUCCUCCUCCUCCUCUUCUGGAUGCCACUCUCGCUCCUGCUCCCCAAGCUCUUCAGCCUCCCCCGCCUGGGACUCAGAUGAGGAAUGCCCCUGGGAUCAGAUACCCCUGCCUCACCGUGACUUCCGUGACUCUCAGAAUUUCACUCCCCUGUCCAUCUUGAAGCGGGCUCCUCGGGCACGCCCAGGCCGCGUUGCCUUUGACGGCAUCACUGUCUUCUACUUCCCUCGGUGCCAGGGCUUCACCAGCGUGCCCAGCUGUGGUGGCUGCACGCUGGGCAUGGCCCCUCGCCACAGUGCCUGCCGCCACUUCUCCUUGGCUGAGUUCGCACAGGAGCAGGCCCUGGCACGGCGAGAGAAGCUCCGCCUCCGCUUGAAGGAGGAAAAGCUGGAGAUGAUCAGAUGGAAGCUCUCAGCAGCCGGGGGACCCGAGGCAGAGGCAGGUCCGCCGCUCACAGUGGAUGCCAUUGAUGAUGUGUCUGUGGAGGAGGACUUGGCAGUGGCCAUCGCAAGUGGCCAGUUGGAAGAAGGGACCUUCCUCCAGCCCUACCCAGCCAGGCGCCGGCGGGCCCUGCUGCGGGCCGCAGGCGUGCGGAGGAUUGAUCGCGAGGAGAAGCGGGAGCUGCAGGCUCUUCGCCGAUCCCGGGAGGACUGUGGCUGUCGCUGCGACAAGGUCUGUGACCCUGAGACCUGCAGCUGCAGCCUGGCAGGCAUCAAGUGCCAGAUGGACCACACAGCAUUCCCCUGUGGCUGCUGCAAGGAGGGUUGUGAGAACCCCAAGGGCCGGGUGGAAUUUAAUCAGGCACGAGUUCAGACCCACUUCAUCCAUACACUCACCCGCCUACAGCUGGAGCAGGGAGCCGAGGGCCUUGUACAGUUGGAGGCCCCUGCCCAGGUCAGCACCCCCAGCCCUGGCGAGCAGGCCCUGGCCCCCGUGUUUCCACUGGCCAAGCCCCCCAUGAGCAGCGAACUGGGUGACAACAGCUGCAACAGUGACAUGACUGAUUCCUCCAUAGCAUCCUCCCCAGUGUCAGGCACCAGUGAGGCCCCUAGUGGCCCUGCCCACUCAGCUCUGCCUGGCCUGGCCUUCCAGCUUGGUGUGGAUGAUGACAACCUAGUGCAGAUCCUGAGUUUCAGUGACUCUGACCUUGGCAGGGAGGAGGAGGAGGAGGAAGAAGAGAAGGAAGGAGGCAUGGAAAGCCUGGACAACCUCAGCUGCUUCCACCCAGCUGACAUCUUUGGUACCUGUGACCCUGGUGGCCUGGCCAGCUGGACCAACAGCUAUUCCAGCUCUAGCCUCACAUUGAGCGUCCUGGAUGAAAAUGCCAACCUGGAUGCCAGCUGUUUCCUGAACAGUGGCCCUGAAGGGUCAAAAGAAGCUAGCCUCCCUGGGACCUCAGGGCCGGCCAGUGUGGAUGUUGGCCAGAGCAGCUCGGUGGACCUGAGCUUGUCUUCCUGCGACUCCUUUGAGCUGCUCCAGGCCCUGCCAGACUAUAGUCUGGGACCCCUCUAUACCUCCCGGAAGGUGUCUGAUGGCCUGGACACCCUUGAGGCACCAUUUUUCCCCUUGCCUGGCUUCUCUCCACCCAGAGACACAGGCACUUGUUUCCUGGAGUCCAUCAUGGGCUUUUCUGAGCCAGCUGAGGAGGCCCUCACUCCCUUUAUUGACAACCAAUUGUUUGAGGACACUGCUCCGGCAUCUCUGAUGGAGCCAGUGCCUGUGUAA